GCGACGUGUCCGUUCUGGUCAGCAUGUAAUGCUUUGGCAAAAAUAACUGACUCCGCGAUUUGUCUCUAAUUUUGCACACUACGCGGAUAGUCUUGGCGGGGGAAGCUCUUUACUUGACAAUAGGCAAGUAUUGUACUCGAAUUUCUAAGCUUUUUUUGCAAGCGCUGGAGUGUAGGCGGGAUGUCAGAAUCGUGGAUAUUCCUCGCUUGUACUGUCAAGGGAGAAUUGUACUAGAGGAGAAGCGCGAGGCUAAAAUUGAUAUCGACAGUGCUGUUUUCGUAAGCAAACAGUUGCUGCUCAAACUCGGGUUAGUGUCUAAUUUGAACUGCUCACCAGAAAAGACAAAGGCGAAUACCUGCGAAGUCUCGGGAAAGCCGAUGAUAACGAGCAUGCCAAAGAGCCAUCCAAGGGCGCCGAAAGGGUCCACCUCGGUUCGGUUGUUGUGGCAGAUUUCAGCAAGUGUGCCGAGUUGAAUCUUCAAGACAACAGUGGCUUCAUAUCGCCGACUCAUUGGUUCAACUUGUCAAAUGGAGAGCCAGUGCCAGUCAGUAGCAGAGCUGUGAAGAUAAAGGUGAGUAAAUAUUUGUUCCUACAUUUUAGUAAAGUGUUGUGCGACUUCCUCCAUGUCCAUUUGUAUGCAGGUUGUAAUUUUAACUCUAAACUAUUUUCUUCUUAGUUUAUAUUCAAAUCAAUUUGAAUAGUUUCAAGGGAAAGUUUAAUAUGAAAGGGAUGUGCAUGCCCUUAUACGCCCAUUUUCAAAUCCUGGAACAUCCAAGCAACUGACAAUUUGGGACACAGAUCCGUCGACACAGUAAUGAUCAUUAUGCUGAGUUCUUUGCUGCAUUUCUUUUGAAUUCUCUCAGAGAUGGAACCGGGUCCUUUCUCAGUCAGGUCCUCAGCUUUCUGAGAGUCUCUCUCGAUCAGCAUCACCGCUAUUAGCCAAAGAACUCCACAUUGAUGCUGUCAUCUCCCCAGAAUACAGUUCUCAUGGUCCCUUUGACAGUAUCCUCUGUGAGCACUUUACCAUACCAAGACUUGUGCGGCUGGGGGAGUGUUUUGGACGUCCCAUCUGAAGGGCAUUCUGAAGUCUUGGAGAGCAACUCUGAGGGAAUCACAAGGUGGCCGGUUGUGUAUUUCAAAGUGAAAAAGGUUUGUGGCUCUACAGAGGAGGAGGAAGACCAAGGUCCUUACCUGGCAAACACUGUCCACACAUCUCUAUACAUGGGCGGCUCCACCAAUAGCCUGGCUCCCUGUUCUCUUGUUGGCGAGGAGCCUUCCCUCUGGACUAGCCUGUCUCCCCCUGGGCUCUCCAGCACCGUAGACCAAUUCUCCACUAUCAUCCAGCCCCACAUGAAUGAAAGGUUUGACAAAUUGGUGUAUGUUGGGAUCAAUGAAGACAGAGUCUCAGCUGCAAGUUCUGAAGGCCAUAGUCAGAAAGUUCAAGGUGGACCCCAGCGUCAGUCUCCAGGAUGUAGUGGAACAUUGCCCUGUAUGCUCCUCUGCUCCAGCGCCAUGAUGUCUGCCGUUAAGAGGAAGAUUGCAUGUGUCACUGACGGUCUGGACACAGAGGAUACUCCUCUUAUGCUCUCUGCCGACGACUUCAACCAAGCAUUGGAUUGUCUCAAACUGUCCGUCUCUGAACAAGAGCUGCUCAAAUAUAAACUCAUUCAGCAGAAACUCACUGCAAAAUAACCAAGCCACCCAAGCCUAGUGCCGCCCAGUUAUGGAGCUAAGCUAUUCUCUUCUGCAUGCACUACGUUACCCCAAAUCCUCUUCCACAAGCGUGUAUUCCUCAAGAGUGUUGGCUCUGCAAAAAACUGUGGUUGUGAGAUUCUCUUCCUUUUCUCUGCACUAAUGAGUGAAUGAGCCGUGUCAUUUAGUCCAAGGGACCAAAC